GUACAAUGUAUAGAUAUGGAAAACAAUGACCUAAGUACUUUAUAAUUACACAGCCGAGUAAAUAUGAUGAAUUGAAUCAAAAAGGUCACAUUUAAUAAGGUACAUGUGUAGAAAAUUAGAACAAUUACAUGUAUUAUAAAUUUACAUAAUUUCUUCAACACGAUUUCACCUGAUUAAGGACACAGUGAUUAAACAGAUCACGCAGGUGUGUCGCGCAGAUAUGUCGCGAAGCAGCGGUAGUUUUAAAAAAGAUAUUUUUUAUGUAUAUUAUAUGCAUAAAAAAUAUCGUAAAAUCACGUAUUAUAAUCACACCCAAAAGCGAAUACCUUUAAAUACUAGCUGUUUCCUUCACUCUACCAUCAGCAGAAUAACUACCAACCCAACAUAAUGGCACAGAAGUAUUUGGACAUGAUCGAACAGGAAAAGGCUAGACCAUUUAGAGAUUUUGAAGAGGAAUGGGUUGAUCUAGGAAAACAGCUUUGCCUAGUUGCUUUUGAACCAGGGAAUUCUCCCAAAGACGACGUGGAAGAAAUUGAGUCCCCAUCCCUUAAAAGAAAACUAAGUCAGGCGGAGGACUCUUACAUUUUAAACAAGAGGAGAACAAAGCUACAAAAACUAAGUGUAAUGGAGGAUGAAGAUGUCAUACUGACCAAUCUACGAAAAGAGGACCCAUCAAAGUAUGAGAAAUUAGAAAAGAGAAUACGGGGAGAUGGAACCUCCAGGUGUUUGGGAACUUCGGUGGGAUUUAAGACCACCCCGACAAUUAUUGGAUACCACUCUCAGUCGCCAGAAAACUGCACGUCUCAGGGAUUUAAGACCACCACAACGACAAUACCUGUGUAUUCGUCUCAAUCGCACGAAUGCAGUACGUCUCAAGGAUUUACGGUUAAGACCGUCGCGCCAACUACCGACUAUCCCCCUCAAGAGCCAGAAUGUACCAUGACAAUUCCUGCGUACUCGCCUCAGUCGCCAGAAUACAGUGUGUCUCAGGGAUUUACAACCGCUGCAACAACUAUUAAGAACCCCCCUCCUCAGUCGCCAGAAUGCAGUACGUCUCAGGGAUUUACAACCGCUGCAACAACUAUUAAGAACCCCCCUCCUCAGUCGCCAGAAUGCAGUACGUCUCGAGGAUUUAAUGUGGGUUUUUUACAACGUUUAGCUGGCGGUGCCUUUCCUCUUCAAGGGGAAUUAAAUGCUCUCAGUGAGUUGGUUGACUCUAUGAGAGUCGAUUUAUUACAAACUUCGAUGCUCAUUGACUAUGUUAAAGAUUUUUUAAAGAAUUAUACAUUUUGAUUUUCAAUUGAGUAUCCUUCUGGGUGGGUUUUUUUUGUAUUUUAUUGAAAAGGACUACGUAUCGUGUGUGUUGUGCACCAUUGUGUACAUUGUAUACAACAUAGCAUAAAAAUGUUAAUAAUAAACGUAUAAUUUAAAAUAAUUAUCCCUCUAAGUUUGUUUUGUAUUUUAUUGAAAAUGUGUACAUUAUAUACCAUACUACAGAAAGUCUUGCAACUUAUUAUGAAACAAA